GAAAGGUUUCCUUACUCCCUUCUAAAACUAAAACCCGAGACGGAGCAAGCGACUUCGCCUCAUGGAAGUUGGAAGCGACAGCAUGAACCAGCAAUGUGUCAAGAAGUUAGAGAAGGCUACAAGAGAAAAGAUCACAACAUUUAACUCUCUGCGUGGUCGGGAGGUGCAGCCCGGGGAGUUUUGGGACGCGGUGGUCGUGACCGCGGCGGACGAGAGCCAGAGGGACGCGUAUGAGCUGCAGAUCAGAGGGAAAGUUGACCGAAAAGAACUUCCCCUCGGACUUCCCUACAAGGUCUUCUCGGAUCCGCCUGGAUCUAAAAUAGGAAAUGGGGGCUCCACUCUGUACGCACUGCAGCAGCUGGAUGACAUCUAUGGGAAGGCUCUGGGCGGGCUGAGAGUCCUCCUCAUCCACGCAGGAGGGUUCAGCCAGCGUCUGCCCAGUGCCAGCGCCUUGGGGAAGCUCUUCACCGCCGUGCCGCUGGGCGACCCCCUCUACCAGAUGCUGGAGCUCAAGCUGGCCAUGUAUGUGGAAUUCCCCUCCCAGAUGAAGCCUGGUGUGCUGGUGACCUGUGCCGACGACAUAGAGCUCUACAGUACUGGCGAUGGGGCGAGUGUUAGGUUCGACAGACCGGGCUUCACUGCGUUGGCCCACCCGUCCUCGCUGUCUAUCGGGACGACCCACGGAGUGUUUGUGUUGGAGUCAAACGGAAAGUCCACUCACUCUGAAAUGGAGAACGUCUCCUGCCUGCGCUUCCUGCACAAGCCGACCGUCGAGAAGAUGCGAAACAGUGGAGCGGUUUGUCAAAGGCGAAGUGGCGGUUGUUCUCCAUCAGAAACGGAGUUCGUCUACACAGACAGCACCUAUUACGUCGACUUUGACACGGUAAAGUCUCUUCUCAAUCUGCUGAAGGAGCUGGGGCCUUUGAAAUGUGAGGUAGACGCAUACGGGGACUUCCUCCAGGCACUGGGCCCCCGAGCCACGAUAGAUUACACCAGCAACGCUGCCAAUGUCACCAAAGAGGAGAGCAGCCUGGUGGAAGUCCGCCAAAAGAUCUUCCACUUUCUGAAGGGGACUCCCUUGAAUGUCGUACUCCUGCACAACUCCAAGUUUUAUCACAUUGGCACCACAACAGAGUACCUCUUUCACCUCGCCGAGGAUGCGGCGCUGAAGAGCGAGCUGGGUCUCCUGUCGUCUGCCUUCAGCGUAAAUAUGAACGAAGACUCGGGAUGCUGCGUCAUGUACAGCGUCUUGGAUGCCGGUUGCCGCGUGGCAGCUGGAUCGGUGGUGGAGUACUCCAGACUGGGGGCGGGAGCCUCCGUCGGGGGGGGCUCCAUCGUCAGCAGCUGCUGGGUCGGUGCGGGCCUCUCGGUGCCUGAAGGAGUCUUCAUGCACUCUCUGUGUGUGAACGACACGCGCCAAACCGGGUUUGUGACCGUCGUCUUUGGGAUCGACGACAGCUUGAAGCGCAGCGUAGAAGCACCGGCGUGCAUUGAAGACCUGAAGCUGUUGGGACGCUCUCUGUCCCACUGGGGGCUGAAAAAUGAAGCGCUGAGGUUCUCCGGCGACGCGUCUAGCUGCAGCUUGUGGAACGCGUGUUUGUUUCCCGUGUGCCCUGAUCAACAAAGCUCCUUCUCUCUGUCUCUGGAGAUGCUGCAGGCCGCCCUCAGCGGCUCUACGCUCACCUUACCCAAAGACACAACGCUGAUGUCUAUGCAAGAGUCCUUAAAGUGUAAGAACCUGGAGGAGAUGUUGAAGUUCAGGGAGGGACUGUAUGAACACAUCAGUCGGAGUAAACGCAACAAUCAAAGUUAAUAAUAAUUGAGAUUAUCAGUCAUCUUAAGUACGAGAUAAAGUUGAAGUUGUAACAUAAAGUUCAUCCUUUCCAUUUACAGUUUUGUAAGUUCUACUGAUAAAAAGUACAACUUUUCUUUUAGAAGUGUUUCCCUCAUUGCCUCAUCCACAGCACUGCUCUACAUAGACGUGUCCAUUGUCUCAUAACAGUGAAGACAAAGGGGACUUCCAAACUCGGAUUUCUUAAUAAGUCUUUUUCACAGCAGACAUUUUGGUCAGGUUUAACCAAUAACUAUAUUAAAAUUGCCACGUUGCAGUAAUUGGUGGAUUGAAGUCAAUGUUACUUAGUGUCACCUACUCCUGCUAUGACAAGUCAACAUAUCUGUCAAAAAUAAUAUAUAUAUAUAUAUAAAUUGAUACUGUACAUGAACACAAUCACACUGAAACCUGCCUGCUGUCAUUUGGAGGGAGAUCAGUUGUCGUAGUUGUUCGGCAUUCCACUCAAAGGUGUUUAUUUUUAGCCCACAGCCAUGAUCCCCCCCCCCCCCCCUUUAUCUGGACCUGUGCAAUUGUGGCCGAGUGAGAGAUUGUAUUACUGCCUUACCAAACUAUACAGCAGAUAUUACACGAGAAGAGAGACCUUAUCAAUGGGAAAUUACAAAUCCAGACCAUCCCAGACGUGCACAGGUAAUAUCUGAGUGUGUUUGUGACUGUGUGGGGAUAUUAUUUAUUUCAGAACGAGGUUUGAAUUGAAGAAGAACAAGAAAGACUGGAGGGUUGGGCUUUAACGUUGGCUGUCAUCACAGUCAAGCAAUAACAAGUUGCACAAUCCUUUUCAAAACUUAGUGUCAGACAAUUACAUAUAGAAGAGUUCAAAUACAGUUGUUUGGAGUCUAUUUCCGGGGUAAAAUAUGAGUAAUUUCUGCUCAUGGGCAAUGGUGAACGAUGGACAUAAUGUGUUCAAAUUGUUAUUCUUUUUAAACCAUGAUGAUGGGUGUGUGAAGAUGAGUGGAAGAAGAAGGUGGGCGAGUCGUACGCCGUGAUCGUUGAGAAGUUGGAAGACGAUCUCCUGCUCAAAGACAAGGAGAUCGUGGACCUCAGACUUGCUUUCAGGUUGACAAAAAAACAUUUUCUCUUUUUAAAACUGGGGAAUUCAGUCGCUUUCGUGUGUUGCUUUUUUAUGGCUGUGCUCUCUUCAGUCUUUCCUGUGUCAGUCUGGGUGUCAAUUCUCACAAGCAGGUGAUGUUGACUUUCUUUGGCUCAGCUCUGAUGAAGCUUUUCAGAAGGUGAACCUGAGCUACCGCACAGAGAAGGGGCUGUCGCUGCUGCAUCUGUGCUGCGUUUGUGGAGGUAUGCAUGACUACUAGAGUCUAUUAAUAACUCCUCGACAAACCAGGGAGUGUGAGGACGGAUUACCAUGAGCUGACAGACAUUGUUGUCUGAAGAUGACCUCCCUGAUGUUACUUUGUGCAUAAAGAUUAAAUGCAAACGGUUAAAAGUGGACGAUUAAA